AGCACCUAACCAACCCGGACAAUGCCAUCUCAUCCGCGGGGAUAAAGAAAGCCCAGCCAACCCUUCUUCAUAAUAAAAAUAAGCUCAGUGAAGAAAAUGUUGCGAUAGACUCGCAUUUUUUCUAACGACAUGGUACACAUGAUGGAGCCAAUACCCGAACAAAUCGACUGCACGGUGUGCUCCGUCUGGAUCCGAGAGUUUGAGGAAUCCCCGGACGAGCUCAUUGUCGAAUCCAAGCUCUACCCACGCUCGAUUCGCGACGCUGCCGCCGACUGCCCAAUCUGCGCCGCCUUUGUCGACCUCUACAGCCCCAUAAGAACGCACGAGAGGGAUAUCCGAGAUCCCUGGGGCAUCUUUCCGAUUGAAAACGAGAUCACCACGGGCGCCGGGCUCGCCGCUUGCCAUCGCGUGGCCGCCAGCACGGGCACGGACCAGCCCCUACCAUCGCGGCUCAUCAAGAUAGACAAGCAAGCCAAGCGGCUCGAGCUCGUCGAGACGGCCGGGAAGACGGGCCGCUACCUUUGUCUCAGCCACUGCUGGGGCACUAAACACACGUUCGAGACAACCACGGCAACCCUGGCCCAGAUGCUAAGAGGCUUCGCCGUCGACGAAAUGCCCGCCAUCUACCGCGAAGCAGUCGUGGUGGCCCACAUGCUCGGCAUCUCGUACCUGUGGAUCGACUCGCUGUGCAUCAUCCAGGACGACCGGGACGACUGGCUGCGCGAAGCAGCCCAGAUGGCCGACAUCUACUCCAAGUGCUACCUGACCAUUGCCGCCACACGCGCCGCGUCCAACACCGAGACGAUGCACCACGAUAGGAAUGACUACGAGUCUCUCGGCAUCACCAAGACUGGACGCCCCUACCGCCUGCUCUCGCACGGCAACACGUCCCACCCGGGAGUCGGCAUGCUGUACGGCGAAGACAGGCGGUUCCCCCUGCUCACGCGAGGCUGGAUAUUCCAGGAGCGCCUUCUAUCCCCUCGCCUAUUGCACUUUGGGCCCGACGAGCUGAUUUGGGAAUGCCAAGAGACAAUGCAGUGCGAGUGCCAGCACGCCCGCGGCCUAGGGCUCUCUAAGCCCGGCCACGCCAAGCUGCUGGCUAACGGGACAGCCGAUGAGCUGGCCCUGUCGUGGCGACACCUCGUCGAGCAGUACUCCGUAAUGCGGCUGACCCGAAACUCGGACAAGCUUCCAGCGUUCUCGGGCGUGGCCAAGCAGUUCAGCGAGCGGCGGCCCGGCGCGAAGUACCUCGCAGGGCUGUGGAGCGCGUCCCUGGUCGACGACAUGCUGUGGUAUUGCAACGAGUUCAACCAGAAAGACCUCAACACCAAGCCCAACGCCUGGCGCGCGCCAAGCUGGUCCUGGGCCGCGGUCGACCAGCGAGUGUACUAUCCGUCGUCCGGGUAUUUUGGCGACACUAAGCUCGAGGUCCACACGCGCUACCCCACCGUGUUCGAGGCCGCGUGUCUCCCUGCCGGCGCCGACGCUACGGCCGAGCCAACGGGCGGCCACAUUACGCUGGCGGGCCCGGUGCUGCGCGGGCGCUACACGGCGCGCGAGCGGUACAGCGAUAUCGAGUACGACCUACAAAUUGACACGCCCGUAGCAGCAGCAGGAGAACAAGGCGCCUCCCCCUCCACCACAAACACCACGCUGUUCAGCACCGAAUCCCUGAUCGAGACGGAAUCAGACACCAUCGGCCGCACGCGGCGCAACCGCAUCUACUUUGACCACCGCGACCCGGACGCCGCCGCGGAGCUACGCCCCAACCGGUACCGCUGGCCCGCAACACAGGGACAGCAGCGAAUGGGAGUCGACGUGCUCUGCGUGCGCAUGGCGCGCAUGCUGCGCCGCAACGCCUACAACCUCGCCGGCAUCGAGCAUAUCCUGAUGCUGAGGGAGAAGGCUUCCACUGCGACGACAGCAGCAGGAGAAGACGCCGCGGGCGGGGAGGCAGAGAAGAAAUACGAGCGGGUAGGCAUGGCUGUCAUUGCCAAGGACUACUACCGCCGCUUCGCCGGGGGCGAGAGCCCCACGGGCGAGGACCGCUUCAAGCCCCUGGAUUUUACGGCUGCCGAGGAGGCGGAGCUGUGGAGCGACUUUGUCAGUCCCUUUGAUGCUGCUGUGGCGGAGAAUGAGGUUGUCACUAUUCUCUAGGCGGUGACUACUAGUAUUAGGUUCGGGGAGCGUUGAAUAGAGAGUAGAGCCUUCGAGCCAUGGAAUACGAUGCACUUUUUUCCUAACACGCAGUGUGCGGAAGAAAUCCAAACAAUAAAGAGAGAUAUGGCAGAAUACUUAAUUAUUAGCUACUUGUAAAUUAGAGAACAUUGCGGAAUUCACCGCAAAAUAUAAAGAAGCCGCCCUUGGUGAAUUCGU